AUGUUUGUAGUAGGAUUUGAUUUCGGUACAAAGCAAUGCACUAUUGCCGUUGCUCAAAAGGGUGGUGUCGAUGUUAUCGCCAAUGAAGUUUCCAAUCGUCUUACACCAUCUUUAGUUUCAUUCGGUGAAAAAGAAAGAUAUAUUGGUGAACCAGCUGCAACCAAUCAUUUAAGAAAUAUUAGAAAUACAAUUACAAAUAUUAAGAGAUUCAUUGGUGUAAAAUUUGCAGAUGUUCAAGAUGAAUUGAAAUCGGAAUCAUUCAAUGCUUUCGAGUUACCAAAUGGACAGAUUGGAUUCAAUGUACAGUUGUGUGGUGAAUCUCGUCAGAUCAGUGCAGUAGCAACUUUGGGUAGUUUGUUGGGAAAGUUAAAGAGAACCACAGAGGCUUUUGCUAAAGCUCCAUUGAGAGAGGUCGUAGUCUCUGUUCCAGUGUACUGGACCGAGUACCAAAGACGUGCUCUCUUGAACGCCGGUACCAUCGCCGGUCUUAAUAUCACUCGUUUGAUCAACGAAUCCACUGCCACCGCGCUCUCAUACGGUAUCUACAAGGAUUUGCCAGAGGACAACCCAUUGAAGGUCAUGUUUAUCGAUAUCGGUGACAGCUCCACCACUGUAUCGGCCAUCGACUUUAAGAAGGGACAACUCCAAGUCAAGGCAACCGCAUGCGAGAAGGACGUCGGUGGUCGUAACUUUGACGCAACCCUCCUCAAGUAUUGGGCCAAUGAAUUCAAAAAGAACUACAAGAUCGACAUUUACGAGAACAAAAAGGCUUUGAUUCGUACACAACAAGCUUGCGAGAAGCUGAAAAAGAUGUUGUCCUCCAAUUUCGAGGCACCAAUCUCUAUUGAUUCGUUGAUGGACGACAAGGACGUCAAGGGAAUGAUGAAUCGUGACCAAUUCGAGGCUUUGAUCCAAUCGGAUCUCGAAGCACUCUUGGUACCAGUCAAGAAGGUCUUGGAAGCCACCGGAAUGACCCCAGAUCAAUUCAGCUCAAUCGAAGUCACCGGUGGUGGAACCCGUUCCACCUCUGUCCAAAAGAAGUUGGUCGAAUUCCUCGGUCGUGAUCUCUCAAAGACCAUCAACUCUGAAGAGUCGGUCUGCAGAGGUUGUGCUCUCCAGUGCGCCAUGAUGUCACCAGUCUUCAAGGUACGUCAAUUCGCUGUCAACGAAAUUGCCAGCUACCCAAUCCAAGUCCAAUUCAAGUCGGCCUCUGGUGACCAAAACCUCCAGGUAUUCAACAAUGUCAGCCCAGUUCCAUCGGCCAAGCCAAUUCGUUUCUCUUUCCCAAUCACCAAGGCCGAGCCAUUCCAAUUGUUGGUCACCGCACCAUACGGAACCCUCCAAACCAUCACUGUUAACAACGUACCAGCAUUCACCAACAAGACUACCGUCAAGGCACGUGUCUGGUUGGAUGUCCACGGUAUUUUCCAUCUCGAUGAGGUCAAGAUGGUCGAAACUCUCCCAGAGGAACCAGAGCAACCAAAGGAAGACAAGAUGGACGAAACCCAACAACACGAAGAAAAGAAGGAAGAAGUAAAGAAAGUAAAGGUACAAGAGACUCCACUCGAAUACACUGUAGUCAUCCCAUACCAAGACAAGGCUGAACUCAUGAGAGAGGUCGAAGAGGAAGGAAAGAUGCACGCCGCCGAUUGUUUGGCAAGUGAAACCGCCGACAAAAAGAAUGCUUUGGAGUCAUACAUCUAUGACAUGCGUUCAAAGCUCUCUGGUGCACUCAAGCCAUUCGCCACCGAACAAGAAUCCAACAAUCUCAUGUCAUUGUUGACCACCGCCGAAGACUGGCUCUACGGAGACGGUGAGGAUGCCACCAAGUCUGUAUACGUCGCCAAGCUCGACGAACUCCAAAAGAUUGGAAACCCAAUCGAGAAGCGUCGUACCGAUCGUGAGAACUACCCAGAGGCUGUCGAUGGACUCCGUCAAUCCACCUCGUUCUACAAACACGAAGCCUCAUCCAAUGCCGAAAAGUAUGAGCACAUCGCCCAAGAAGACAAGGACAAGAUCAUUGCCGAGUCUGAUCAUUUGGCACAAUGGGUCGAAUCAUUGGUUGCCAAAGAAAAGAGCGUUCCAGUCACUCAAAACUGCACCAUCAACAUUGCCGAAGUCAACACUAAACGUCAACAAUUUGAAACAAUGGCCAAACAAAUCUUGAACAAACCAAAGCCAGCCCCACCAAAGCCACAAACUCCACCAACCCCACAACCAGCUUCGACUUCGACUCCAGAUCAACCACAACCAGAGAAACCAACUGAAACUCAACAACCACCAGCUCAAGAUGCCAGUAUGGAAUGUGAUUAA